AGCUUUGUGUGUUUCUAUUGGCGGGAGAUACUGUUUGGUAUGGGGUCUUGUCUUAAUGAUAAGAGUGAUUAUUAGUGAAUUUGUAUUCGCUUCUUAAUAGGCAUGGCUGAAAGCAGCGCUGUUUCCUGUAUUAGUGUGGACGUCCGCUCCCUCCGCAGUGCCGCUCAGGAGCCGCUGCACUUACUGCCCUGUGAGGUGCAGAAAGAGGGGGCAGCCAGCGUGCGGGAAUACUUCAGCCCGGCCGUGAAAGACGGAGAUGGAGGUAAAGAAGUAUCAUUCCGGGGACGUGCACUGAGAGGCCAGGAAGUGUUUAUUCCAAGUGGGUUUAUGGGGAUCGUCCUAAAAGAAAAUCACAGACCAUGUACAGAUGACGAGGAUCGCAGUUUGACUGUCAGGUCCACCUUUAACUCCUUCACACAAUGGAAUCUUGAGAUGCCACCCUCUGCAGAUGACGUCCUUGUAAUGUCCCUGGCAUGGCCAAAGAUUGCUACAGCGAUGCAUGCACCAGUUGAUUAGAAUACACCAUUUGGAUUUGUACUGUGUUGAAAUAAAUGUUUACUCCAGAUGGCCUCUGCUUCUUCUGAUAAAAACUCACGCUGUUGGACAGAUAGACCACUUAUCUAAUAAACCAGUCUUAACACAA